UUUUUUGCAGAUCUAUGAGAUGAGAAUGUUAUGAAGAAAAAGAAGGAAACGUAUUCUUAGGCGUGGAAGACCAAGAAAGAAAAUGGAACACAUUUUAAAGCCAGAUCGAGAAUUCUUUGCCGUGUCUGUUGACACAGUGGCGGGGAUGACAUACGUCAGUGGAUCAGGACUCGGCAGGCAAUUCCUUCUAGAAAAACUUUGUCAAAUAGCAGGAACAAAUGUCUUUGCUGCAUUCCUCAAAUUUUGCAGAGAAAAACAUAAAGAAAAGAAGACAUUAUCUUAUGCGAUAAAAGCAGCAGCUCCAAAAUUAAAAAAAGCACAGAAAAUUUAUUAUCCUUAUGAGAAGUCCUCUGAAAAAGAAUCAGUGGAAAAGAAACUUGUAAAGAUCAUACCAGGAACCAACAGAGAAAUACUUGUCAUAAGCAGCAAACCAAAUACAGAAGCAACUAUAGGUUUGAACCCAAAUCCUCAGAUUAAACCUAUAACACCAAGAAUGACCCUUCGUCCUUGUAAACCUCCAAGAUUGGAUUCCCCCAGAACAUACUUUGAAAGUCUUCCAAAUUCAAAAGAUGCAGCAAAGAGCCGUUUUCAGAAAAAUUCCAAAUUCCAGCAGCCCAAGAAAAGUGAAACUAGGAAAGAAUCUGUUGGAAAUUUUAGUAGAGGUGGUCAGGAAAAAGAAAUAGUGACAUUUUUGCAUGCUGAAACAAAGAAGGAAAUUUCUUUGGAAAGCCCUGAUGUUGAAUUCAAUGAAAGCAGUCAUCAAGAUACAAACAUUCAAAGUGAAGGAAAUUCCAAUGUGGAAACAACGGAGGAGAAUUUAGAUGUUAACAAUUCUCUGGUGAACACGUUCUCAUUACAGAAUGAAUUACCUUCGUGCAUAAAUUCAGUGCUGCCUUGUAAUGAAAAUAGUCAGGCCACAGAAGAAACUUUUCAAGUGAAGCAGGAACCAGACUGGGAUUUGGAGAAUUCGGGAGGCAACAGUCUAUGUCAAGAAACACAGUCUCAGGCAAGCAAUGGAGAAAACGAACAUCAGUUGGAAACAGAAGACUACACAGAGGAGUGUGCUUUGCAAGGUCAGGGUAUAGGUGAAGCAAGCCUCAAUACUGAGGAGAGUCUACAUAGUACAGAGUACAACGAUAACCUUGUUAUUAAACAGGAACCAGAUUGGGAUGAGCCAGAGGAAGAGAAUACUACAAUGGAUCCGAAAAAUGCUGAAGUUGGGACGAAUACCAUUGAAGAGAAUGAUGAUGAGACACCAGAUGACAGUGAGGAAGAUUCAGCUGAAGAAGAAAAUUCAGAUAAAGAGGAUAUGGGUCUAAAUGAUACAGAUAAAGAGGAUAUGGGUCUACAUAACACAGAUAAAGAGGAGACAGGUCUACAUAACACAAACAAAGAGGAGGAGACAGGUCUAUAUACAUGCAAUGUCGGAGAUCACAUGUACUGUGUGCCACUACCUUACAAUAAGGUUCCUGAACAUAGUAAAGAAAGCAGGAGGGUAAGCAAUGCUUUAACGAAGUUGCAGCAGGCAAGGGAGGAAGAAGAAUCCAGAAGAGAAGAGGAGGAAUCCAGACAAGAAGAGGAGAGAGCAGAAGAAAUAGAGACAGAAAACAAGCCUGUACCAGAGAAGAAGCAGCAGGUCAUUCUUUAUAGAUGUGUGAUUAGAAAUCCCAAGACUGGAAAAUUUUGUAGCUUAGGCAAGUUAAAAAGGUAUGAAGCUUUACAGUUAAAUGCCCAGAAGGCAAAGGAGAAAAGAAUUCUGGAAACUAAAAUCAAACAGGACUCUACUGAUGAAUAUACUGGGAGGUUUGUCUUUGAGGACCCGCAAUCUCAGACGGGGUAUAUUGUCCGCAAAAUGGAAUGGAAAUGUCACUGUGGGCAAAAGUUCAAGAGUCAGCAUGAAUUUGCUGAACAUGAUAAAGAAUUCCAUAACACUAGGUUGAGAUUAUGUGCAUACUGUGGAGAGUUUUUGGAGCGACGUAAAUAUAAAUAUCACGUUCGAAAACAUGAACCAAAUACCAAAAAAUAUCAAUGCAGUUUGUGUGGCAAUAACUAUUCUACUUCUGUGAGUCUGAAACGCCAUAUGGAGUAUCUUCAUGGUGGUAAGAGAGUACCCUGCAAUGAGUGUGGGAAAAAUUUCAAAAGUACGUCAGCAUAUCGAAGACAUUUAUUAACUCACAAGAAUAUCUUAAAUCAUCUGUGUAACUACUGUGGCAAAAAGUUUAUAUCUAAGUAUGCCAUGGAGACACAUGCCCGAGUUCAUACCGGGGAAAGACCAUUUGCUUGUGAAUACUGUGGGCUCAGAUUUAAUCACAAUGUUAGUAGAAAAACACACAUUAAAAAGGCUCAUUCGGAAAGCGUGCUUAAAGAUGAUGUUAAUGAUUCUUGACUUAAAAAUCCUGUGUUAUUAUAUUACUUUGUUAUCUUGAUUCAGAAAAAAUGUAAAAUAAUUUUUUUCUUGUACAAGUAUUUAAUUUGAAGAACAUGGAAGGUUAGUAUUGAAAGUGUUCUACAUGUAGUUUAUGAUGUUUCAUGCAAAGGUCAUUCAAAAAAUAAGUAGACAUUGUCCCUCAUCAUAUUAUUAUUUUUACAAGAUUUAAGAUUAACACAUUUUCAUAUGUAAAAACAUAUAUUUUUUCGAUGUGUGACGUUUCAUUCCAUUUGAUUAAAUGGAACUCCUGUUACUCAGUUUUAAAAGCAACAUGUUUUGUCACCACGGAGCACGCAUAACAACAUUGUAACUUCAAAAAAACAUCGAGAAAGUUUCUUAAAAUUACUCUGCCUUUUCAUUUCACAAACGCUUUGUAGUGUCUUACCCAUUCUUAAAAACAUAUCCAUAAUACUUGGACACCUAGUUUACUUACAAAUGUUGUAGGGCUGUAUCAUUAUAUCGAUAUAUCAAUACGUAUUGAUAUUCAAGAAUAUAUCGUAUCGAAAAAAUGACUUCCAAUACGUAUCGGGCAAGUAGUUUUUCAUAUAAUUCUGUGAAAAAAUUGGAAAUUUCAAUCACCAAAGUUUGUAUUUAACUGUUUUGAAUUAAAAUUGAUCAAUAAUGAUAUAAUCAUUAAGGAGGUAGCACAUCUUAGAUAAUUAUUUCAAAAUACACAGACACCUUUAUUUAACAUGUUGUUUUUACCAUGUUUACAGUCGUUAAAAGUCUGAAUUUGAAGUGUAAUUUGUAAUGACAGUGAGACGAGAUCUUUGAAAUGAGUUGCAAAACAAUUAGUUUUUAUAAAUUCAUGCAUUAAAUGACUUUUAAGACUUUUUGAUAGACUUGUUAAAGAAUCCAAUAUAUCGCAUAUCGAAUUAUAAAAUAUCGUAUUGUAUCGUAUAGAAAUUUUUUGCUCAAUACACAGCCAUAAUUGUUGGAGUAGCUUAAGUUAGAUUGUCAGUGUUUUCAAAUUCUUUAAUGCGUAACUCAGCCUUCACAAGUUCCGCAACAGGGAAGUGCACAUCACGUUUAAUGACGUUACUAACUCUUUCGACAUGAUUUUUAACUUUAAUCUGUUUCUUCGCAGACCGUCCAUCGUCCAAUUCAAAGUCUCUACCACUCAAAAACUGUCUUGUCCAUGUAUGUACAAAUGCACGGCUCAUUUUUAGCUCUACUGGUCAGAGACCAGAAGAGCUUAUGCGAUAGUAAGGUGUCCGUCGUCCGUCCGUCUGUCUGUCUGUCUGUCUGUCUGUCUGUCCGUCUGUCUGUAAACAAUUUUUCAAAACGCUACUCCUCCUACAGUUUUGGUCCGAUUUCAAUAUAACUUGGCACACAAGUAGACUACACUAAGAUACAUAAUUUAGUGCAUCGGUUUUUGAUUUCGAUGGACGGUGUUGCCAUGGUUACUAAAAAUAGAAAUUUCUGUGAAAUUCCUUUAAAACGCUACUCCUCCUACAGUUUUGGUCCGAUUUCAAUAUAACUUGGCACACAAGUAGACUACACUAAGAUACAUAAUUUAGUGCAUCGGUUUUUGAUUUCGAUGGACGGUGUUGCCAUGGUUACUAAAAAUAGAAAUUUCUGUGAAAUUCCUUUAAAACGCUACUCCUCCUACAGUUUUGGUCCGAUUUCAAUAUAA